CGCCACAGUGCUCCACAGUUGUCAACCUAUAAGAGAUAUAGGUUAGAAUUUAGUUUUUAAUUUAAAAUGUCUCAAAAAAAUCCAUUAAUUAAUGAAAUAAACGGUGUUGUAAUAAAAUAUAGCAAUAAAAGGGCUGUUAUUUGCUACGAUAAUGACCUGGUUAUAAAAGAAUUAAAUUAUAAAGAUGUAGGUAUGAUUAGUCAAAGGAUACAAAGUGGUUUAGAUCUGUUUAAAAAUUGUUUUGUUGGGUUAUAUAUGGAUCAAAAUAUUUUUAUACCGUCUAUAAUAAUAGGGUUACAAAGCCUACAAUGUCCUUUUACAUUUCUUAAUGCAACAAACACAGAGAAUUUUAAAAACAUGGACGUUAUUGUUACUUUAAAUAAAGAAUUUGAUAAUUCGUAUUAUUUAUUCAAUAAAAAAAUUGAUUUAAUCUGGGAUUAUAAAUUAAAUGCAUAUAUAUCGAAAGAUUUUAGAGUACGCAACAAGAGAGGAUUUAUUGAAAAAAUUAAUUAUGUUGUUGAAACGUCAGGGACAACUGGUCCAUCCAAGCAAAUUUGGGUUGAACAUUACUGUAUUUAUUCGAAUAUUAGAGAUUUAAGAAGAAAACUAAAUAUCAGCCAUGAAGAUGCAAUUUAUUACCAAACUAAUAUAACGUUCGAUCCUUCAAUGAUUGAAUUAUAUUUAUCAUUAACCACCGGAGCUUCUUUAUUAAUAAUCUCAAAUCCAUUAAAACGGGAUUUUUCGAAAUUAUUUCAGAUAUUAUUUAAAACUGGAUCAAUAACUUUUUUGCAAAUGUGCCCUUCAACGUUUUUGCAAUGGUCUCAAGAGGAAAUCAACUAUAUUUUGAAUAAAUCCCGUUUAAAAGUUUUGCUUUUGGGUGGGGAAGAUUUUCCUAAAUCUUUAUUGACUAUGGUUAAAAAUAAAAACACGAAGAUUUUUAAUAUUUAUGGAAUAACCGAAGUUUCUUGUUGGGCUUCUAUUGAAGAAAUUAAUUUUGAUCGAGAAAUUUCUUUGGGGGAAACUUUAAACGAUAUUUCAUUUGAGGUUAGAAAUGAAAAUGGUAUUAAAAUUGAUGAAGGGGAAGGAGAAUUGUGUAUCGGAAGUUCUAAACGAAUAUGUUAUUUGAAUAAGGAUGAGAAAAUAUCUUUACCUUUGUUUAGGAGAACGGGCGAUUUAGUGUCGAUUAAAAAUGGAAAAAUUAUUUAUAAAUGUCGGUUGGAUUCUGUUUUUAAAAGAUUUGGAAUAAAAAUUAAUUUAAAUCAAAUUGAAAAAGAGAUUUUUAAAUUAAUUAACCUCGAAAAUAUAAUGGUUUAUUUAGAAGAAAAAUCAAAAUUAAUUUUAUUCGUGAAAUUGAAUGAAAUUGAUGAAUCGCUUAUGGAAAAAUCUUGCGACAAAAUACGAGUUCAAUUAUUGCAUGGAUUAAAACAAGAAUAUUUCCCCGAUCUCAUCAAAGGUUUAUCAAAGAUUCCUUUAACGAAAAAUGGAAAAGUGGAUAAAGAGUAUUUAAAAAAAUUCGUUGAUGUUGUAAUUAAGAAAAACAAAAAUUUAAGCAAUGAAUUAGAUAUUUUUAAAACACUCUGGGUAAAAUAUUUACCACAAAAUUACGAUUUUAAUGAUAAAACUUUUUACGAAUUAGGUGGUUCCUCCAUUUUAAGACUUCAAUUUACAAACGAAUUUAAACAACUAAUUCAUAAAAAAAAUCAACUACCAACUCAAUUUUUUGAUUACAUAUUUUCCAAUAGUUACGGUAAAGUAAUCAAUUUUAUCGAAAAUCAUCAAUUUGAUAAAUCGUUGAAAAACCCUAUGAAAAAAUUGAAAACUCUCCAUCACAAUUAUCAUCAAUUAAUCAUUAAAUGGAGUUAUGACCUCAAAGGAUGUGUGGAUUCAACUCCUUGCAUAAAUAAAUCGAAAAAUUUAAUAUCAAUUGGAUCAUUUUCAAACAAUUUUGCAACGUUAAAUUUAACAACUGGUAAAGAAUUAUUUAAAAUAAGCCUACCAAAUGCAUUAGAAAGCAGUUCUAUCAUCACCAAUUCCGGAAAUUUGGUCAUAAUUGGUUGUUAUGAUGGUUGUUUAUAUUCAAUGGAUAUGGAAAAUAAAAAAAUUUUAUGGUGUUUUCGAACUGAGGACAAAAUAAAAAAUAAACCUGUUUUUAUUAGAAAUGAAGAGAUGGUCGUUUUUGGGUCUUAUGAUAAACAUUUGUACUGUUUAGAAACAAAAAGUGGUGAUGUAAUAUGGAAAAUAUUGUUGAAAUCUCCGAUAACCGCUGAUUGUUUGUGUUUAAAAGAAUUUAAUUUACUAUUUAUAGCGACGAUAAAUGGAAAAUGCAAUUUAGUUGAUUUUAACGGAAUAAUAUUAAAACAAAUUAAUUUGGGGAAUCCAAUUUUUAGUUCACCAUGUUUAUUUAAUCUCAAUCAAAUUAUUAUCGCAACGGUUCAAGAAGGAAUUUAUUGUUUAAAUCAUCGAAAUGAUCUUGAGAUUUUGUGGGCUCACAAAUUAAAUACAAACAUUUAUUCAUCAUUAACAACAAUUAAAAAUUUAAUUUUUUUCACUUCCCAUGAUGGUUUUUUAUAUUCGUUAGAAAUAAUGAAUAAUUCAUCUCGUUUAAAAUUUAAGAUUCAACUAGAUUCACCAAGUUCUUCGAGCGUAGCAAUUAAAGAACAUUUAAAUGAAAUUUAUUUAAUCACCGCGUCAAUAGAUGGAGCUAUUUACGUAAUUGAUUUUUACCAAGAAAGUAUUUUAAUUAAAUAUUCGUUGAAAGCGGAAAUUUUUUCGUCUCCGAUUAUUUAUCAGUGCAAAGAAACUAAUAAUCUUUCAUUCCUUAUUGGUUGUCGUGAUAAUAAAUUAUAUUGUAUUGAAUUAAUAAUAAAUGGACAAAAAUGUAAUUAAAAAAUGUUUGUUUGUCAUGAA